AUGACUUCAUUUACGACUCCUCGUAUUCGUCGAACGGGACAAAAUACGCAGUUUACACAUAAUCUAUCACGACGCGUAAAUGAUUUGCAAACAUAUCCGAUCCAAUCACCCCAGGGAGCCACAAUCCUGCUCUAUGGCCACGAAAAUGGCGUAACCAUCAUUUGGCGGGGUGGACGAAGACUAAAGCGCCAAAAGAAGAGUCCCGAACCCGAAAAAAAGCAAAAUGGAACCUCUGAUGAUGCCGUCAUGGUUAUCGACUCUGACGACGAGCACCCACCUGCCAAGGCUCAAACCGUGCACAAGUUUGAGGAUAAACCCGAGUUUGAGAGUGAAAACGAAGAAGUACCGUAUCCGGAAAUCGUGCAAACCUUGGACUUGACGCUGGGGACAGCCGUGUUGCAUGUGGCUGUCAUGUCGAUGGCGCCUUACAACCCUCAAGAUCGACAAAAUGCGACAGGGGCAUUGCUGUCGGACAGGAUGGUGUUUGCAGUUUCAUGUGUGACGAAUGAUGUCUAUGUUAUUACUCUUCCUCUGACACCGCCGUCCUUUGAGAGUAAAGCGAGAGAGGAGCUUCGGGCGGGUCUGUUGGCCGGACAAGCUGGCUCCGGAGCUUGGGGAGAGUCUCUGGUUUUGCUGAGUGGCCAGAGGAGGUACAGCGAUGGGCUAGCUAUCAGCUUGGUCCAGCCGAAGUCCUCAGAUCCUGAUAGCAAGGCGCCUAGGGCCGUGGUUGCGUCGUGCUCUCGCCAGGCAUCUGGGACUCUAGCGCUCUGGGACGUGCCGUUGGACCCAAAGGCAAGGCCUGAACGAGCAAUCGAGCCCUUUCAGACCGAAUAUCUUCCCCAGCCGCUCUCCAGCAUCUCAUUCAACCCGUCACACCCCACACAGCUGCUGACCGUCUCUCCGUAUCAGGCCGCGAGGGUAUAUGACUUCGCUGUGUCCUCUGUUCCUCCCGACCCAGAAGCUAUUGGGCCUUUCCCACCACAAGGCUCAUGGCUGCUCUCAUUGUAUCAGCCGUUUGCUCGACCAACUGCUUCCAGGAAACCAAUUCUGGAUGCGGCGUGGAUAUCACAUGGCAGAGCCAUCUUCGCACUUCUUGCAGAUGGUAUGUGGGGAGUUUGGGACGUCGAUGGAGUUAGGUCGUCUUCCGGAAGCGCAGCCAUGUCAAGCAAACUAGCAAGUGGCCUGAAAGGCGCUGCUCUAACGACCUUUAGUAUUUCAGGCUACAUCGAAGGAACUGGCUCACUGCGGAGUGUCGCAACUCAGCAAAAGGAAAACCACACUGGAGAAUUUGCGCCAAUGACUCCUCACACUCGUCGCCAGGCUACUGCUUCCUUAAGCUCCACUACCACAUUUGACCGUUUGGCGGCAGUUCGGGGUGGCAUAAGGACGAUUGCCCUGCCACCUAAAGGAAAGGCCUUGCAGGAGGAGAGUCUAAUAUUGUGGGUGGGCGGCCUGGAGCACGUCUGUGUUAUUCCAAUACUAUCGAAAUUCUGGGACUCACAACUCCGAAAAGGUUCUGGCGGCGGUGUAAACCUAUUUAGUGGAGCACAGCCGACGAGAAUGGUGAAACUAGCAGACCUCUCUACUGGACUGUUGGGAGAGAGAUGUUGCGGCGUGGGCCUGGUUGUGGCGUCUUUGAAAUCUGGGACAUCACCGGAAGAAGAUGGCGGUUUGCCUGUGGAUGUUCUGAUUCAAGGCGAGUCUCGACUGGUUAUUGUUCGUCAGGGAGAGGACGGACCAGGGAAGAAAAUCGCCAAAAUGGCUGAUAGCCGGAGAAGACGGCUAUUCUCGGAAGGAGAGAGAUCAGACGCCAUCAUCGUUCACGGUAACCCGGAGAGAACCACAAGCUUAUCAUUUAACCUCAGCACCUCGAAACCUGGAACUUUGAGACGCAAGUCUUCGCAAAGCAAGAAUGACGAUUCUACUGGACAGUUUGGAGUCUCGGAUGAUACAUUGCAGCUACCAAACCGCUCCCGCGUAGGCUUUGACUUUAUGAACGACCUGAGUGCGGCUGCAGACGUCAAAACCGAUGUCACCGCCCGAAAUGUGGAAGCCGAGAUGCUUGACAUUAUGGAGAUUGAUCAAGUGCUGGACAACAUGAGGGAUAGCCGGGGAAGCAGACGGAAGAAGGUGUUCUUCGAAGAAGACUGA